AUGGCCCCCCAAAAACCAUCCGCCACCUCCCUCCGCUACGCCCGCAUCACAAACUCCAUCCACCCUCUGGCCCCCCAAAAGACGUUUCGCGAAAACGCCUCCACAAGCGACUCCUUCCUCUCCUCCAAGCGCGACAAGCGCACCAUCAAGCACUCCUCCUUCGUCUCCCGCGUCACCUCCACCACAUCCGCCCGCGUGUCCAAGAAGGCGCUCAAGCGUGGCGGCCGCAGCAAGACCAAGAAAUCCACGACGCUAAACUCCCUCGACAGCCUGGCUGAUGCGCUACCGGAGCUGGCUGCCGGCGAGGGCGCCGCCGAGAUCCUGUCCGGCAAGAUUAGGCAUCAGAGCUUGCGCAGUAAGAAGGGCGCGCUGAAGAGGAAGGAGAGGCUCUUGAAGGGUGAGAUGGAGAGGUUUGGCGUGAGCAUGGCGCAGCUGUCGAGCAUGCCUGCGCAGCCGCAGAAUGGUGGCCUGCCGGCUGAAAAGCAUGCAGCAGCUCCAGCUUCUUCUACAAAUGCAUCGGCGUCGGCACCGGCACCGGCACCAGCGGUGUCAAAUCGAUGGGCUGCGCUAAGAGGAUACAUUUCAGCGACGAUGGAGCAGAACCCGGUGUUUGUGAAUAAAGAGUAA